UUCUAAGAACAAUAAUCCGGAUGUCUCCUAUGUAUAAAGUAUAAUAAGAAAUUACGAUAAAUCAAUCAUAAACAAUUUAAGCAAAAGAUCACUCUUUGAUUUCCCUCUGACGCCUCUUCCUUUCUCUCACAUCUCACCUUCUUUCCGAUCCUUUUUCUCUUCUUCUUCCUCUCAAAGGGUCAAAAACCAAAACAAAAAAGAAAAACAAAAAUCCCAAUUCAAACCCCAAACCCGAAAAAUCGCUCAAUUGCCAACCCAAAUUCCGAUUGAUCAAAGCAAAAGCAAAACCUAGACCUUCGACGAUGACGGAGAUGGCGAGCACCGACAUAGACGGCAUCGACGGCGUCCGCAUGACCUGGAACGCGUGGCCCCGCACGAAGGUCGAGGCGAGCAAGUGUGUGAUCCCACUCGCCGCUGUGAUCUCCCCGAUCCGGCCCCACCCGGAGAUCGCCACCCUCGAUUACUACCCUCUCCGCUGCAAGACGUGCGCCGCCAUCCUCAACCCCUUCUGCCGCGUCGACUUCACCGCCAUGAUCUGGAUCUGUCCCUUCUGCUUCCAACGCAACCAUUUCCCUCCCCAAUAUGUCGGGAUUUCGGACACCAAUCUCCCCGGCGAGCUCUUCCCCUCCUACACCACCAUCCAGUACUCCCGCGCCCUCCCCACCAAUCCCAAUGCGCCGGACCCGCCUUCGCCGCCGCCGGUGUUCUUGUUCGUGCUCGAUACCUGCAUGAUUGAUGAGGAGAUGGAGUUUGUUAAGUCCGCGCUGAAAAGGGCGAUCGGAUUGCUGCCGGAUAACGCUCUCGUCGGAUUCGUGUCGUUCGGGACGCAGGUGCAGGUUCACGAAUUGGGAUUCUCCGACAUGACGAAGGUUUAUGUUUUUAGGGGGACCAAGGAGAUUUCCAAGGAACAAAUUUUGGAGCAAUUGGGGCUCGGAGUUGCUGCCCGGAGACCGGCAGUGGCCACUGGGGGAUUCCAGGCCAAGGUCGUGCAGAAUGGGUUGCCCGGAUUGGGGAUUAGCCGGUUCUUGUUGCCCGCUUCGGAUUGUGAGUACACGCUCAAUUCGGUUUUGGAUGAGUUGCAAACGGAUCAGUGGCCCGUGCCCCCUGGUAGUCGGGCGUCGCGGUGCAUUGGAGUGGCGUUGAGCGUCGCGGCGGGGUUGCUUGGAGCUUGUUUGCCUGGCACCGGAGCUCGCAUUAUUGCUUUGGUCGGAGGUCCAUGCACAGAAGGGCCGGGCUCGAUUAUAUCGAAAGAUUUGUCAGAUCCAGUCCGUUCCCAUAAGGAUCUAGACAAAGAUGCCGCACCAUAUUUUAAGAAAGCAGUCAAAUUUUAUGAUAGUCUUGCGAAGCAGCUGGUUAGCCAAGGUCAUGUUUUAGACGUCUUUGCAUCUGCCCUUGAUCAGGUUGGUGUUGCGGAGAUGAAAGUCGCGAUUGAGAAAACUGGUGGCCUUGUUGUGCUAUCUGAAAGUUUUGGUCAUUCUGUAUUUAAAGAUUCUUUUAAGCGUGUUUUUGAAGAAGGAGAAAAAUCUCUUGGACUCUGCUUUAAUGGUACACUCGAGAUAAACUGUUCAAAGGACAUCAAGAUUCAGGGGAUAAUUGGUCCUUGUACUUCUUUGGAGAAGAAAGGACCUGCUGCUGCCGAUACUGUUGUUGGUGAGGGGAAUACGGCUGAAUGGAAGAUGUGUGGCCUUGACAAGAGUACCUCCUUGACAGUUUUCUUUGAUCUGUCAGCAAGUGAUCGAUCCAAUACCCUAGGGACUGUAAAUCCACAAUUGUAUUUGCAAUUUAUUACGAGGUAUCAGAAUACCAAUGGUCGAAUGAUGCUUCGCGUUACGACUGUUACUAGAGCGUGGAUAGAUACUGCUGUUAGCACAGAGGAACUGAUACAUGGAUUUGAUCAAGAGACUGCUGCUGUAGUAAUGGCUAGAAAGACAUCCUUGAAAAUGGAGACAGAGGAAUCAUUUGAUGCCACACGAUGGUUGGACAGAACUCUAAUUCGCCUUUGCGCCAAAUUCGGUGACUAUCGGAAGGAUGAUCCUUCAUCUUUUACACUACAUCCGUGUAUUUCAUUGUUCCCACAAUUCAUGUUUAAUCUGCGGCGGUCACAGUUUGUCCAGGUUUUCAACAACAGUCCGGAUGAGACUGCCUAUUUCCGUAUGCUACUAAAUCGGGAGAAUGUUACCAAUGCGGUUGUCAUGAUUCAGCCAUCACUAAUGGCCUAUUCGUUCAAUUCACUGCCAAGACCUGUUAUGCUGGAUGUGGCUUCUAUUGCAGCAGAUCAAAUCCUCCUGUUAGAUUCGUAUUUUAGUGUUGUUAUUUUCCAUGGAAUGACUAUAGCUCAGUGGCGUAAUAUGGGAUAUCAAAAUCAACCAGAGCACCAGGCGUUUGCACAAUUGUUGCAAGCUCCACAGGGCGAUGCCCAAGUGAUCAUCCAAGAACGCUUCCCUGUACCUCGGUUGGUGGUAUGCGAUCAACAUGGUUCCCAGGCACGCUUCUUAUUAGCGAAGCUGAAUCCGUCAGCUACUUACAACAAUGCCCAUGAGAUGGCUGCUGGGUCUGACAUAAUCUUCACGGAUGACGUGAGCCUUCAAGUUUUCUUCGAACACCUGCAGAGACUGGCUGUGCAAUCCUGAGAGCAGAGGAGAGUAAAGGACUCUACAAACUGGUCGGUGUUUUUGGUGUGGGGAAAUUCCUUUUGUUUCCCUAUCCUCUUGUUCCAAUCAGGUUUUCCUUUUUCCUUUUUUCUUUUCUUUAACCCUUUCUUACCAUUGUAUUUAAAGACAAAAUCGGUCCCAUAUUCGUUGAAGAAUAAAGAACAAGCACACCACAUUUUUUGUGGUUGCCAGGAAAGGUAAAGUUCGUUUCGUUUGACUUUAUAGAAUGACUGCAGAAGAUGCGCUGAGGUUGAUUUAUGUGGAAAGAAAGGGAUGAGAGGAAAGGUAAAUGAGAAGGCUUUUUCUCCUGCGUCAGUACUUUUUGCCAACUGGUUGAGAAGUAUGUGUUGUGUACGAGGAUUUUUUUUUUUUUUUUUUAAUUUACUGAUAUGGGCUUCGGCCCAUGUUUGUAGGCGGUUGUAUUUACUCUCUGAGUUUUCUAGCCCAAUAUUGUGCUGGAAGCCUACAAUUCAUUUAGGUUUAGGUUCUGUUUUAUUUUUGCUGAAAAAUUUGAGUACAAUUUUUGAUUGUAUUGAUGUUGACGUUGUCUUGCCUCGAGCGUGCGUAAAACGAUUUCUAAGGUCAAAUUCGGAAACAGAUGGACAAGUUUUUG